AUGUCAGGAGUUUGGUACUUCAAAAACGACGGCGUAUUCCACCUAGUCGGAAACCCUCAAGCGGAAGGUGGCAGCAGCAGUAGUAGCUCCAAGAAGAAGGUUUUGGUGUACUUGCCGACCGGCCAGGUGGUCUCAUCGUAUUCGUUGCUGGAGCAAAUCUUGACGGGUUUGGGCUGGGAGAGGUACUACGGCGGUGACCCGGACUUCUUCCAAUUCCACAAGCGCUCCUCCGUCGACCUUAUUUCUCUCCCCAGAGAGUUCUCCAAGUUCGGCACCGUUCACAUGUUCGAUAUCGUCGUUAAGAACUCCGAAACCUUCCGUGUCCGAGAUAUGUGA